AUGAGUGACGGUUAUUCCGACGAUAUAAUGAUGCCCUCAGACGGGGAAAAUUACCCCGGCCGUCGUCGUCCAUAUCGUAAGCUGAUUGGAAAAGAUGACCACGGAGCAAGGGUAUCUCGUCUUAAUAUGGUGAUUCUGAUAGUCUUUAUCGCCUUCAUCGGAAAGGUUCGUUGCGAUUGCCCCGACCUCGGUCUCGACGACGUUCUCAUUCCUUCCGGUCAAAACUGUGAACUGUCCACGGAUCUGCACACAUCGGCUUUGACUGUCGAUGGCGUACUCAUCGUCCAUUCCAAUGCCCAGAUUUUUGUCGAUGAGCUGACCGUACGUAACAGUGGACAUAUAUCAGCCAACGGUCAAGGCUUCGGGCCAGGAUCUGGACCAGGUCAAGGGACCUCUACGGGAUCCGGUGGAAGCCAUGGAGGCAGAGGAGGGAGGUCAGGUUCCUCCUUCCUUCAGCAAACUGAUGCUAGUUGCUAUGACGAUGCCAAAUCACCAAGUCAGAUGGGAAGUCCUGGAGGUGGCUCAGAGGGUGGGGCUGGAGGAGGGGUCAUCAAUAUUGUAGUAGAAGGAAAUGCAGUGAUAAAUGGACUGGUUUCUGCAAAUGGUGACCCAGCUUCAGGAAACAGUGGUGGUGGUGGCGGCAGUGGUGGCAGUAUUUAUAUCAAUACAACCUCCCUGGUAGGAAGUGGGCGCAUAGAGGCAAACGGUGGGCGUGCUGUGGGGUUGACAGGAGGUGGUGGAGGAGGGGGGCGUGUUUCCAUCAACGGAGAUACCAGUGGAUACCAUGGGGAGAUAUUUGCCCUUGGGGGCCAACCAGAGCAAAAUACCAAUGGCAUCAUGGAAUCAAAACGAAUCACAUCACUUGACCCUGCCCGGCGCACUGUCAAUAUCGCAAAGCAGUUCUACUUGACAGCAAUUAGAACAAGUGGGACUGAGACAGAGUAUGUUGGGCAAUAUUCCAUUGCAAUAAGUCUUGAUGGGGAAUCGCCAUCUCCUUACAAGCGGCUGAAGUCUAAUAGUAGUGCACAUAUUUUUGAAGGGAACUCUCCAAGCAUCAGUGAUACAAUAAACUAUCUAGACAUCCCUGUUCUGGCCAAAGCAGUGACCUUUGACCUAUUUGCCAGGACUAACCCAUUCAUCAUAGAUGUACAACUUAUUGGGUACUACCCAUACCCUGAAACAGAAACUGACAUUGAUUGUGGUCAACAUUCUCAAGGGGCUGAGGCUGGAGGACCAGGAACUAUCUAUAAUGAUGAACAGAUCAUCAUCAAUAAUUUGAGGCAGUUGCCUGUGCUGUACUACCAUGAAGAAUGCACUGAGAUCCUGUGGAGUGAAUCUGGUGCAGCAGCAUGGCUUCCACAGUUGACAGCAGACUCGGUGGUUACGAGCAUCAUCCUUGAAGCAGGUGCAAAUUUGGUUAUAGCGGGAAGGGUCAUAGCUGAUCGUGUCUCUGGAAGGUUGACCAGCUCUCUGCAUCUACCAUCCGGAGGCCAACUAACCAUCAAGGAACUCUUGGCUGUUGAUACAGUAACCAAUCCCGGUUCUACACUUCGCCUUCUUGGGAUCAGACCAGCAUCAGUCAGUGUAUCCCACCAUGUUGUUGUGAGGGGAGAGCUGUUGACUGAAGCCACAACCCAGUUGAUUGUAGGUGCUGAUGCUUUAGACUCAGAUAGUAGUCUGUCCACUUUAGAGUUGUACCCACAAUCUGGCAUUGAAUCCAAUUCUUCAUUGCACAUUGGUGGCCUGGACAUCAAGGGGGAUGCUUCUUUCUUCCUUGGUGCCUCUGAUGAAACGGAUGUUUGCGGAUAUUCAUUGGACAUCAAUGACCUUAAUUCUGGUUAUCUUCACAUGGAAUCCAAUUCUAGACUGGUGCUUGCAUGCCCUUCAACAAUCGUUGCUAAUCAGGUGACAUUAGCUGAUGUGACGUUUGACAGCAAGGCUGCAGAAUCUGGCUCUUACCAAGUACCUUCUUACAUUGAGACCCCUGCACUCAAUGUCAUAGGAAUCACCAAUGCUGGGCUUUUGAAUUUAUAUGCUAGUUUGGCCUAUGACAUCACUAUAGGGAUAAAUGGUAUAUUUUGGUUUCAACCAGUGUCUCCUGAUUUCACAUUCCGUGAGAUUUCGGUAGAAGGAAGCUUAACUGCCUCUCGACCCCUGCAUUUUGAUUGCACUAUUCUCUCUAUAGGAAGUGCUGGAAUUGUGCAAUGGCAUGGUACAGUGGACUCGGUACUUGAGUGCCACAAUGUUCAUGUCGAUGGAUCCCUCUAUCCUGGUGAUCGAGUUGACUUUGGACGUGGGAUCAACACCUUUGAAGUGUCCUCAACAGGUACUGUGACCUUCACCCCAACCUUGACACCACUGAAAACAGAAAUAGUAUCAAUUGAUGGAGAGGUAAAUAUUCUUGCACCUCUCUCUAUCACUCCUUAUGAUGACGCCUUGGAAUAUGUCCGACAGCUUCUUGUCGGUCCUAACGGAAUCAUCCAUGCUGACAGGUUGAACAUUGGUGCUGAAGGAAUCGGGAUGCUAACAGUAAGAGGCACGUUUACAUUCACUUCUGACGGAGAUUACCCACUUCAUGAGACCAAUAUCUAUGGAAGACUUGAUUGCAGGAAUAGAUUAUCUAUCCAUGGGAUAAGGAAUGAUUCCUAUCUCCAAACCCUUGAUGGAAGUCAAGUAACUGUCAACAGUGCAGCAGAAGGGGACCUAUCCAAUGCUCUGUAUGUUGAAUUGAAUACUAUUUCUAUUGAUGGAAGUUUACGGGUGAUAGGACGAGCUGAUGCGGAAGUAUACACUUCUUUUACUGUGGAUGAUAAUGGAUACUUUUUCAUCGAUGAUCAAAGGAACUCUACAUUGGAGCCAUCAAGCAUAGAUACUGGUUUACUUACCGUUAAUGGUGAGCUGUUUGGAUCAACUCUGGGUAUAACAGUAGAAGAGGAUUUCGUUGUAGGUCCAUUGGGUGUUCUUUCUGUCAGUGAUGGUGGCUAUCUCUCUGACAAUGGACCUGGUGCUGGGACUGCAAGUUCCUCGGGAGCAUCUGGGGCGAGCCAUGGUGGACGUGGUGGACACGGACAAGGCGAUAGUAUCUUAGCUGAGGUUCCCUAUGGCAGUAUCUACACCCCAGGGAUCAGGGGCAGUGGAGGAGGAAGCGGUACUACCACACCAUCUGGAGGACGGGGCGGUGGUUAUCUACGUGCUGUGGUACAGAGUACCAUCACUGUCAAUGGACAGAUCUGGGCUAAUGGUCAAAAUGCAGAGGGAUCUCAUGCAGGUGGAGGGAGUGGUGGCUCUGUCUGGGUGUCAUGUGAUCACUUCCAAGGAACUGGGCGUGUCUACGCAGAUGGUGGGAGUGGCCAAGGGAAUGGAGGGGGAGGAUCAGGAGGGCGUGUUCUCAUCCAGUGCUCAACUCUUACGUUUGAAGAUGAGAAUAUUGGUGCAGCAGGUGGACUAGGCGGGAAUGUAGGAGGACCAGGACUGAUUUACAUAGAAGCUUUAGAGACAAGGUUACUACGAGUUGAGAACAAAUGUAGGAUGCCCCAGGUGACUUUCCCUUCAUCCUCCAUGGACAGAGCGUUAGAGGAGAGCUACUACCAGUUUACACUCUCAGGUGGUAUCGCAUUGCUAGGUGAUAGUAGGGUGCAGCAUGACUUCACAGCAAUCCGCAUCAACGGAAGCGCACAUCUCGCUUUCAUGGGAAAUGAUACGGUCGUCAAUGCAGGCAACAUCUAUGGAGAUGAUACGGGUCAUAUCCAUGUUGGUCCAACUCAGACGUUGAACAUCACAGAUACUUGGGCAUACAAGUACCAAAAAGUAAACUGGGCCCCUGUUAUAUACGAGAAGGCCACACUGGCACUCCCAGAGGCUACUGUGGAAGUACGACAGCCUUUUGACUGGAAAACACUCUCUGUGAACAGGCCGUAUCCAUGCCCAGUUAGCAAUCUCCGAGAGUCUGGGGUAACAAUCUGGGGAACUCUGGAAGGAAGAAAAGCACACCUCCUUGUUGGAACAGGUUGUCAACUUCGUAUGGCUGUUCCAAGCCACAGUGAGCUAGAAUUUGCUGCCCUCACAGUUCAAGAUGGAGGUGUUUUCCAAGUGGACAGUCUCUACAAUAUGACCCAGGACGCAUGGAAUAUCAAGGUAUGGCCUUUUGAGGGUGAGUGCCAUGCAUGCAAGACCGGAACUGUUACCAUAGAAGGUGGAGGUAUAUUGACUGCAAGGGCAUUGACCUUGGACACCUACUCACUGGUUGUGGAUUCCCAGGGCACUGUGACUGCAAGUGGACAAGGCUUGAUAGAUGGUCCUGGUUACCAUGGUGAUGAUACCAGUGGAGCGGGGCAUGGAGGAAUAGGAGGCAGAGGGUCGGGUCAAGAAGCUCAUGUUGGAGUCACAUAUGGAUCAGUGAGACAACCUGCAGACUUUGGAAGUGGAACGGGUGGUAGUAAUGGAGCAGGAGGUGGAGUGCUUCGUUUUAUAGUUGAGACAGUAUUAGAGGUGGAAGGAACUUUACGUGCUGAUGGCAAUGGAGCUGCAGGAGGACCUGGAUGUAGUGGUGGAUCUAUUUGGAUUACGUGUCAAGAACUGAAAGGCUCCGGCAUCAUUAUGGUUAAUGGUGGGCAAGGUUGGAGUUCUUCCUUAGGAGGCGGUGGUGGAGGACGUUUAGCUGUCUACUACAAGACCCUUGAUUGGUGGUUUGGGGAGUUCCAGGCAUACGGUGGAUCAGCAAGUAAUCAAAGAAAUGGUGGUGCUGGAACUGUGUAUCUAGAGGAUCAAUCUAUUGGCAGGCAAAACCAGACUCUGUACAUGAACAACAAUGGUCAGCUCCCUCCUUCCGAGGUCAUCGCGUCUUAUGACUUGGUCUCGUUAGAUUCCUCUCGCACAUGGCUCUCAGACCACGACUCCAAUAUGACCUUUGACAUUGAUACUCUUACCUUGAUUGGCAGUUCUCACAUGGCUCUUGAUCCAAGCAUCCAUCAAUUUCAAGCAAAAAUAUUAGUCGGUGACCAGGAAUCAUACCUGCAUGUUGGGCCAGGCCAAGUCUUUAUCAUAUCAGUUCCAGAAUGGGAAGAGCUUGAGGCUAACAUCCAUGUUUACGAAGGGGGUAUCCUGCUGCUGCCACCGGAAGUCACAUGUUACAAUAUUGACAUCAUUGUGAGGGGAACCAUUAGUACCCAUGCAAUGACAGUGGGUAAGGGUUGUCGUCUGCUCCUCUCGACAACGGGAACAUCCAGUCUCCUCUCUACCUCUCUAGCCGUUGCCCAUGGCAGCCUGGCAGGCCAUUACCGCUUUGACUCCCUGACCAUUACAGAUGGUGGUGAAGUCACCAUGACCGAGGAUGUCCCUUUGGUCAAUCGCAGUUUUGAGCUUACUGUGGACAAACUUCAUAUUCAGGGUGGAGGUCAUAUGCAUGAGGUUGCCAUGGUGAUAAAUGCUAAUCAAGUUAUAAUAGAUGACCUAGGUCAUCUGACUGGUGAUGUCCAUGGUUCGGACUGUGAUCCAAUUGAAGGUGAUGGUCUGCCAGCCGUUGUAGUCAACAGAGGUGCAUCAGGUGCUGGACAUGGAGGUAGAGGUGGGCGUGGCUCAAACCAACCAAUCACAGGUGCAGCCUUUGGUCACGUGUACGAGCCUUCCAGCUUGGGUUGUACAGGAGGGGGCGCGGGUGGCGGCGACGGAGGAGGACAUUUGGUUCUUCAUGUGAAUGACACCUUAAAGAUAGAUGGAACGAUAAGUGUGAAUGGAGCUGAUGGAUGGAGAAAUGCUGGGGGAGGUGGGAGUGGAGGGUCUAUUGAGGUACACACAAGACUAAUGCAGGGCUAUGGCACGGUCUCAGCUAAUGGAGGAAACGGACACACAUAUUCAACUAGCUACCAAGGUGGAGGGGGCGCUGCUGGACGAAUUGCUGUUUAUUUCUCAUUGAACAGGACGUUCUCUGGUUCCUUUGAGGCACAUGGCGGUUUAUCAGGUGGUCCUCGUGCAGGCCAUGGUGGGCCUGGAACCAUGUUCUUUUACCAUACAGAAUUUAAUCACCGCACUUUGAUUGUGGAUAACCAUGGGAAUGACCCAUACAACGAUGCCAUCAGUAGCUAUGCAGAUGUAACAAGGGACUCUGGACGAGCUUGGAUCCUACCUUCAUCUGGGAAUCAUGAGUUUUCAGGCAAUGAUAAUUAUCACUUUGAGGAGUUCCAGCUCCAUGGCAAUGCUCAUCUGGCGGUGUUGGCAGAACCGUGGAAUGAAACGGCAAGCUUCUACUUCGAGAACAUGAUUGGAGAUCGCUCAGGGACCCUUCAUGUUGGGCCCCAGCAGACCAUGGACCUCUAUCGCUCUCAGAUAGACCUUCCAUUCAACGUUCAUGUCUAUCAAGAUGGUGUCCUUGGCCUUGCUAAUCACACCAUUGUACAUGGUGUCACUAUCACCAUGGAAGGCACUCUUGUGUUUGUGGAAAACCUUACCUUGCAUCAUGGUGGUCGCUUCAACUUGAGGAGAGGUGGUCGUACAGCAGUUGCAGCGGAGAUUGGACAUUACGAAUUUGAUACUGUUCAUGUUCAGGAUGAUGGAUAUAUCCAGAUGACCUCUGACCCUGUGGAUGACCCAGGAAUGACCUUUCGGGUCAGAGCUCUCCAAGUGGAUGGUGGAGGUGUGGUUGAAGGCACGCAUCUAUAUGUGCAUGCUGAGAACAUCACCAUUGAUGCAGGAGGGUUACUGACUACAAAUGGUCAGGGAUACUCGGUGGAGAACGGCAUGCCGUUGUAUCCUAAUGGAACAUUCAGGAGGGGACUGCAUGGAAUCAUCAAUUAUGGUCAAGGAUAUCUGCAAGGAAGUUAUUCUUCUGGUGCUGGUCACGGGGGUAGUGGAGGCCAUGGUCAUGGUGGGAGACAGACUGGGAAGCCAUACAGUGAUUUAUAUGAGCCUGAAGAGUUUGGUAGUGCAGGAGGUGGUAGCUUAGGUGGUACAGGAGGAGGGCGUAUCUGGUUCAAUGUGACAGAUACCAUUCAUAUUGAUGGCAUUGUGUCUUCUAACGGUGCCUCUGGUGGUACCAGAAGUGGUGGAGGAAGUGGAGGUAGUAUCUGGAUGCAUUGUAACCUGAUCAAAGGAUAUGGCUCAAUUGAAACCAAUGGUGGCCAGGGAGGGAGUUACUCUGGUGGCGGAGCAGGCGGACGCAUAGCGUUGUACUUUUGGCAGAAUCGUACAUCGACAGGAUUCAAGUAUGAUUCCCAUGGUGGUAUAAGAGGUUCGGGAACCACUGAAGGUGGCGGACCCGGCACAGUCUUUCUGUAUCACAUGGAACAUGACCAUAGAUCGCUCUAUGUGGACAAUGCUGGAAUUGAACCCCAAGAAAAGCUGGUCGACUGGGAGAGGUUAGAUGAAGAUGGGUGCAGAGCAUGGCUCCUGCCUCUGUCUGGUUUGCAUCCUUUCGCUGGUUCAAACAAUGAAUUUCAUUUCGAAGAACUCCAGAUCUAUGGCAAUGCUCAUGUAGCCAUUUUAACACCUAAUGAAACCAGGGAUGCAGUGGGAAUCUUCAUGGACUCCAGUGCGGGUACUAAUCCAUUUGAAGCAUCCAGUGGUUUGACCUUGUCAGUUUCAUCAGCUCCUGUGAUGCACUUUCUGUACAUGAUAGGAGAUCGUACAGGAUCUUUCCACAUUGACAACAUGCAGGAAAUGGAUUUUGACAGAGAAGACAUCGAUCUCCCUUUCAAUGUGUACGUCUAUCAGGGAGGGCAUUUAGGACUUGCUAAUAGGACUGUAGUUCACGGUGUGGAGAUAUACAAUGCUGGCACCAUGUCCCAUAUCCAGAAUCUUACCCUUCACCAUGGUGGGUUCCUGUGGCUGAUGCAUGGGGGACAUACUGCAGGUGAACCAGAAAGUCAUUACCAGUUUGAGGUUGUCAGGAUUCAGGACAGUGCAGAGAUUCAUGCUGUCACAGACCCAAUCUCAGAGCCGGGAAUAACUUUCCUGACCGAUGCCUUCUUUAUUGAGGGUGGUGGUAGGAUGCAAGGUACAAAGCUCACCAUUCACGCCAUCAACAUCACUGUAGAUGAUGCCGGACUGUUGUCUGCUGAUGGAACUGGCUACCGUUACCACCACAGUGAUGACACUCAUGAAAUGGAUUCCUUACAUGGAGCUGUCAAUCCCGGGAAGCCACCAGAUAACUCACAGUCUGGUGGGAGUCAUGGUGGAACUGGAGGAAGAGACCAAAAUGGUCAGUCUGGACUCCCUUACGGUGACCUGUAUCAGCCGUAUGUCUUUGGAAGUUCUGGAGCAAGAGUUGGUAGUGGCUCAGGAGGGGGUAUCAUCUGGAUGAAUGUUACAGGUGCGAUACACGUGGAUGGUGAAGUGACAGCCAGAGGUGGAAUCGGAGAUGGUCAUGGAGGUGGAAGUGGUGGUAGCAUUUGGAUCUACUGCUUCACCGUCAAAGGCUAUGGACGAUUCUCAGUCGAUGGUGGUGAUGGCACAACAGGUGGUGGAGGAGGAGGAGGACGAUUUGCUCUGUACUUCAGGGAGAAUCUUACUUCAACCGGAUUCAGCUAUCAUGCAAGGGGCGGAAGAUCGAACAAUGCUGAGAAUGGUGGAGCCGGGACUGCGUUUCUGUAUGACCUUGUCAUAGAACAUCGCACACUUAUCCUUGACAAUGGUGGACUUCAGCCGAGGACUGAGCAUCAUACACUCUGGAACUACACCGAGGUUGCAAGAGAUGGCUGUCGAACAUGGAUCUUACCACAAUCUGGUCGUCACUUUCUUGCUAAUGGCACUUACUCCUAUCACUUUGAGGAACUUCAGGUGUAUGGAGCUGCUCAUGCAGCAGUUCUAACUGAUCCGGUGGAUUCCUUUGCAUCUCUUUUUUUCCUUUAUAUGAUAGGGGAUCGCACUGGGACGUUCCAUAUUGGCUUCAACCAGACCCUAGACCUCGAAAGACCGGAAAUAGAUCUACCAUUUAGUGCCAGAGUCUACCAUGGUGGUUAUCUUGGACUGGCCCCAGAUACUAUUGUACAUGGUGUCAGCAUAUGGAUGCAUGGUGAGCUUGAUCAUGUAGAGUUCCUGAUAAUCCGUUGGUAUGGACACUUCUCAAUGGAGCAUGGAGGACAUACUGAGGGUCAGAAAAGCAGUUUGUACAACUUUACCUCAGUGACAGUACAAGAUUUUGCUCUCAUGUCUGGCAUAUCCUCAACCACCUUAGACCCAGGGAUCACUCUCACUGUGGAAACCCUAGAUAUUGAAGGAGGCGGAGAAGCCAGAUUUUCUCACGCUUUCAUUCAAGCAGAAAAUCUUACAAUUGAUGAUGGAGGCCAUCUGAAUAGUAAUGGGCUUGGGUACAAUACAACAGACAAUAUGGACAUAUCUAAAGGUGUGAAUCUUGGCAGAGGUGCAGCACAUUCAUGGGGUAGUUCUGGAGGCGGUCAUGGUGGAACAAGUGGACGUGGUCAAGGGACAGAACUAACCGGCCAACCUUAUGGUAAUCUCUACGAGCCAUUUGAUAUUGGAAGUGUAGGAGGAGGAGGUAAUGGUGGGUUUGGAGGAGGAUUCCUCCUGCUCAAUGUAUCAGACACUGUCAAAAUUGAUGGAAUCAUGAGUGCGGAUGGAGCCAAUGGUGGAGGCACUUCUGGUGGCGGAAGUGGAGGCAGCAUCCUCAUGAACUGCAAUCUCAUAAAGGGUAGGGGGUUUAUAACGGCUAAUGGUGGCAAUGGUGGAGGUAGUGGAGGUGGAGGUUCUGGUGGUAGGAUUGCCGUGUAUCUCAUGAGGAAUGAGACAUUCAGAGGAAAGUUUCUCUCUCAUGGUGGGGAUGGCUUCGAGCCUGGUGGACCAGGGACAGUAUUUCUCUACCAUCUUUUCUAUAAACAUCGUACAUUGCUUGUUGAAAAUGCCUUCCGUGAGAGCAUCUUUGUCGCUCCUAUCGACUCAUACUUUGAUAUCUCUAGAGACAGCUUCAAAGCUUGGGUCCUCCCACAGUCAGGAGAGCAUCAUUUUGCUGGUGGUACCCAUGAUUAUCGCUUUGAUGAACUUCAGAUCUAUGGAAAUGCUCACUUUGCAAUUCUUGCAGAGCCUCGCAAUCACAGUGCCUCACUUCACUUUUUACACAUGAUUGGAGACCGGUCUGGGGUGAUUCAUGUUGGUCCUAACCAGGUAAUGGACUUGAAGCGUGAAUUAAUUGACACUCCUUUCAGCUCCUACGUGUACAGAGAUGGUUAUCUUGGCCUAGGGUAUUCUACAAUCCUUAGUUACGUGUUCAUUCACAAUGCCGGUACCAUAGACCAUAUUCAUGACCUCACCAUGUACAAUGGUGCUACAAUCUAUGCACAGCUAUCAGGGUCCACAUACAGCCUUCCAGAACGAGAAUUCCACUUCAACGGAACUGUACGCAUCAAGGCACGGUCGGUUUUCAACUUUUCAGCUCCAUUUGCCCCAUCAGAAUCAUACCAUUUAAAGGCAAGCGUUCUUAUUGUCGAAGGAGGUGCCAAGGUAUAUGGGAAGAACCUGGUUCUAGAAAGUGUAAAUAUGACUGUGGAUGAUGGUGGUUACAUAGACGUCAGUGAUGGAGGACAUCUUGCUCAACAAGGACAGGGUGCAGGGAUAAGUCAUCGCCUCGGUGGCAGUGGGGCAUCUCAUGCUGGUCUUGGUGGUAGAGGGGGGUGUCAGGGGUAUGUCACAUGCACCCUUCCCAAGAAUCUUCCUUAUGGUAACCUCUACAAUCCAAGGGACUUUGGCAGUGGUGGGGGUGGAGCAAGAGGUGGUAUCGGUAAGUAG